CGCCCGUGCGAAGAUGGCGGCUGAGCUGCAUCCGCGCAGCGGAAAACUGAUCGGUUUAUCAAACUCUAACCGAACCGCUCAACGAAAUCAGCCGGUACAGGAAUUCAAUCACGGCCUGGUCCUCAGUCGGGAACCGCUGAGGGACAGCGAAGUUUUUACUGUCCGCAUUGACAAGAAGGUGAACUCGUGGAGUGGUUCUAUAGAGAUUGGUGUGACUGCGCUGGACCCAGCCGGUUUGGAAUUUCCCAGCAGUGCCACAGGUCUGAAGGGGGGCUCGUGGAUCGUGUCUGGCUGCUCCGUGUUGAAGGAUGGCCGUUCAGUCCUGGAGGAGUACGGUCGUGACCUGGACCAGUUGGGGGAAGGGGACCGUGUGGGCAUCCAGCGGAAUGGGAUAGGGGAGCUGCAUCUGUGGGUAAACGGGCAGGACUGCGGCAUGGCAGCCAGUGGACUUCCGUCCCGAUUGUGGGCCGUGGUUGACCUCUAUGGGAAGUGUACCCAAGUGACUGUGGUGAGCUGUGAACCUCCACCUGAAAUGGAAGGGGAUGAAGAAGAGGAGGUGGGGGAUGAGAUUGUGUCUACGCCAGCAGUGUCCAUUAUGGCAGAUCGUAACCACGAUGAUAGUGCUGGAGAUUUAGUGUUGUCUGUAGCUGGUGCUACAACAGCUCUGAUGAAUGGAUCAGUGGAAGUGCCUGAGGUUUCAAGGACGCACAAUCGGCCAGACAAAUUUCCAAACAACUUUGAGCCUGAUAGUGUUUUGACUGAGCAUCAGUUAUUUGAUGUGUUCAACAAUGCCAUUGUCUCUCUGUAUCGGUCUGAGGAUGAAGGUGGAGAGGACUUGGGGGUGGGAGGUGGGAGCUUGGACUCCUCGAGGGGCUGUACAGGAAGUAGUGGUGGAGGAAGAGGAACAGGAAGUGACAGUGGAAUUGGAGCUGCAGGUGGAGGCAGUAGCAGCAAUACCAGCCCAGCCGGGAACUCUGGUGGGGCAACGGGCCUUGGAGUGACCCCAGGCAGCAUGAUGACCAACGACGCACUGCUGUUCCACGAGAAGUGUGGCACGCUGAUCAAACUAAGCAACAACAAUAAGACAGGAGAGAGGAGAAGACCGCUGGAUGAGUUUAAUAACGGAGUUGUCAUGACCAACCGCCCACUCAGGCAUAAUGAAAUGUUUGAGAUUCGCAUUGACAAACUGGUUGAUAAAUGGUCUGGUUCCAUUGAAAUUGGAGUGACAACCCACAACCCAAAUAAUCUUGACUACCCUGCAACAAUGACCAAUUUACGCUCAGGCACAAUCAUGAUGAGCGGCUGUGGGAUUUUAACCAAUGGGAAGGGGACCCGUCGAGAAUACUGUGAAUUCAGCCUGGAUGAACUCCAGGAAGGAGAUCAUAUUGGGCUGAUGAGGAAAGCCAGUGGAGCUCUACACUUCUAUAUUAAUGGAAUUGAUCAAGGUGUUGCAGCCAACCAGACACCGGGUGUAGUGUAUGGAGUGGUGGAUCUCUAUGGCAUGGCAGUGAAGGUCACCAUCGUCCACAACCAUAAUCACAGUGACCGUUUACGGCGCAAUAAUGCCAUCAUGAGGGCACUUUCGCCUGAUGUGGGCCGCCCUCGGCCUGCUCUCUCAAUGACUCCCGAGCCAGAUAUCCUGGACCGUUUGCUCUUCCAUUCAAACUGUGGGCAGAAAGCUGCAAUCAUCAGCGAUGGCAGGACUGCUUUACGGCCUCAUGCAACGGAUGACUUUAACCAUGGCGUUGUGCUUAGCAACCGUCCGUUGCACUCCAAUGAGGUUUUCCAAGUGCGCAUCGACAAGAUGGUGGACAAAUGGGCAGGCUCUAUAGAAAUUGGUGUCACAACUCACAACCCUGCCUACCUUCAGCUACCUUCAACCAUGACCAACCUUCGCUCGGGAACCUGGAUGAUGACAGGAAAUGGCGUUAUGCACAAUGGAACUACGAUUCUUGAUGAAUAUGGGCACAACUUGGACCGCCUCAAAGCUGGAGAUACAGUGGGAGUUGUCCGAAAGGAAGAUGGGAGUUUGCACUUCUUUGUGAACGGAGUGGCUCAGGGCCCCGCAGCCUGGAAUGUUCCGACCAGUGUGUAUGCAGUGGUGGAUCUGUAUGGACAGGCUGCCCAGGCCACCAUCAUGGAUGACAUGGCUGAUCUCCCCCCCUUACCUGAUGACAGUUCUGAGGGUCCUACUGCCAUGUCUCCUGGCAGCCCAUGUUCAGUCUCAGGAGGUACAGCUGCCAACGACCUGCGCUUUCAUCAGCUGAAUGGCACAAAUGCAGUUAUUACGAAUGGUGGCCGAACAGCCUUUAGGCAAAACUGCCGCAGCGAAUUUAAUGAUGCCAUCGUUAUUUCAAACAGGUGCCUUCGAGAAGGAGAGCUCUUUGAAAUUGUGAUUCAGAAAAUGGUUGAUCGCUGGUCAGGCUCAAUAGAAGCAGGAGUGACAGCCAUCAGACCAGAAGAUCUGGAGUUCCCCAAUACGAUGACUGACAUUGACUAUGACACAUGGAUGCUGAGUGGUACAGCGAUCAUGCAGGAUGGAAAUACCAUGAGGAAUAACUACGGCUGUGACCUUGACUCUCUGAUUACGGGCUCCAGGAUUGGGAUGAUGCGUACACCAUCUGGAGAUCUUCAUUACUUCAUAAAUGGGGUUGACCAGGGUGUAGCAUGUACUGGGCUGCCAUCAGAAGUGUAUGCUGUGGUUGAUCUUUAUGGUCAGUGUGUGCAAGUGUCAAUUACAAGUACUUCUGGCCCACUGGAUAACAGUUUCUGUACCAGUAACAUCACAGAGAAGAGCUUCCCCAUACACUCUCCAGUGGCAGGGGUUGCUCAUCGCCUGCACAGCAAACAUGGGAAAAACGUGGUGUUAUUAGGAGAUGGUUGCCAAGCAUUGAGGGUAGGAGGAUAUGCCCAUGGAAUUGUCUUCAGCGCAAAGGAGCUCAAGACGGACGAGGUGUUUGAGGUGAAGAUUAACAAGGUGGAUGAGAGAUGGUCUGGAUCGCUCCAUGUGGGUUUGACCACCCUGCAGCCCUCUGACCUUCCAUCCUGCCCACUCAGCGGCCUCUCGCCUUCCCUUACCCAGCUGAGGUCAAAGGUCACCUGGGUCCUUGCAGGCUCUGAGGUCAGACGGAAUGGAGUUCUGCAGAGACAAAACUAUGGCUGCUCUCUUGACCGCCUCACGGUGGGAAAUCGUGUUGGUGUGAAGAGAUGCAGCGACGAUACCAUGCACAUCCUCAUUGAUGGAGAAGACAUGGGACCUGCAGCCACUGCUGUGGCAAAGAAUGUGUAUGCAGUUUUGGACCUGUAUGGAAAAGUGACGACCGUGUCCAUUGUCAGCUCAACACUAUUGGAGGAUGCAGAGAGUGUGAAAGCUCCCUCGCUCUCCUCCGACAGCUGCAGUGAGGGAGAGGAAGACAGCACACCUGUCAGGGAGUGUGAGAACGAGCCUUCUGUGGUCCCCACGGUCAUGACGUUUUUGGAAAAUCAUGGGAAAAAUAUACAACUGUCUAAUCAGAACCUUACUGCGGCCCGAGUGUCCAGCUACAACCAGGGAUUACUGGUCACAGCACAAGCUUUGCCCCGCCAACAACUUUUACAGUUUCAGAUAGACCGUUUGAAUCCAUUGUGGACGUCCUCUCUGUCACUGGGUGUGAUUGGUCAUUCACCAGACCGCCUCAACUUCCCUUCUACAGCUUGCUGCCUUAAACGCUCAGUCUGGCUACUGCAACGAGACUCUGUUUUCCACAACUCACUGAAGAUUUGUGAGAAUUAUGGUCCUAACCUGGACACCUGUCCUGAAGGGACAAUUUUGGGGCUUUUGGUAGACAGCAGUGGCUGUCUUCACCUCUAUGUUAACGGCAUGGAUCAGGGUGUGGCAGCUCAGGACAUCCCCAGUCCCUGUUACGCACUUAUCGACCUCUAUGGCCAGUGUGAACAAGUGACUAUAGUGGCGAACCAUGUGCCAGUAGUUGGUGGGGAGAGAGAAGACAUGCGUUGUCAAGGAGACAUGGAGAAGGCUGAUAUGGUAGAUGGUAUUAAGGAGAGUGUGUGCUGGACUCCUCCUCCCGAGGUUAAUCCCAAUAAGACGUGCGAGUAUCAGGCGCUAUGCUCCAGAUUUAAAGACCUGCUCACGCUGCCUGAUGGUUACUUCAAUGAGGAUGCAAAGUAUAAUCUGUGUUACUGUGAGUCCUGUCACAAAUUACGGGGUGAUGAGGCCUAUUACAAGCGAGGAGAGCCUCCAAGAGACUACGCUCUGCCCUUCGGCUGGUGCCGGUUUGCACUGCAGAUCAAGACCCACUGCGAAGUUUCCAAUGCCUUCAAGAAGUGGCAUAUUGCAUACCAUGGCUCUAGUGUCGGCUCCCUUAGACGCAUCCUGGACCACAACCAACUCUUGUCAGCGGAAUCGUCAUCCAUUUUCUCUUCAUCCCCACUAAAGACAGAGGGUCAAGGUAGCUACGGGGAGCCAGAGGAGAACAGCGCCCCAGAGCGUGAGAUUCCAUGUGUGCAGCUUUCUCCAACCAUGCGCUACUCUGGUCUGGAGGUCUUUGCCCCCAAAGUGCAAUUCCGAGACCCACGUUCCCUGCGCUGUCACCAGGCCCAAGUGGGCUUCCAGGUGUGUGUGCGGCCGGGCUCUUACAAAGUGGGGCCAACAUCACUGGGAAUCAGCGAGCCCCUGGACCCUCGAUUCAGCAAUGCAGAGAUUGAAUGGAUCACCAAGGAGAAAGGAGGCACACUUCUCUAUGGCCUGCUCAUACGGGUGGAGUAAAAUAGACACUCAAUCGAUGAUAUCGGCAUCAUCUUCCUCACUCCUCCAAUAUCAACCAAAUUUCUGCGCAGCCCCUCUCGGACUCUCAGGAUGCCUGAGGCGUUGAUGAUUUAGCAAUGGGUUACUUCCCAUGCUCAAUCAUCUCUGCAUGUUGUUUCAGACAAACUUUGGUUUUUCUUUUCUUUUUGAAGAAGGGUGACAUUAAUCCCCAGAGACAAAGACACUGCCUGCACUUUAUGUUUUGGACACUGGUGGGUGAUUUCUCAUUAAAUCCACUCAGCAGGCUCUCAAUUCACUUUUACCCUCUCUGCUCUGUCUCUCUCUCUACAUCUUUAAAUAUGUGUAUCACCCCUGUGUUUUUGCUUCUGACAGAAAUAAAACUGGACUGAAGGAACACAAGACCACCUAUUUAUAGCACAGCCUCGGAAUUUAUAUUUGUUUGUUUUCUUAAGACUUACAAUGGACAAAUCAACCUCGAAAAAAGAGACCCGUUUCAAAGAUAACACGAAAUGACAAUGUCAAGAAACCUGAAAACAUCUCUUAUCAGGAAGACACAACAGCGUGUUUGUUGUUUAUUUCAUCGCUGUAUUUUACUCACAUUUAAUUCUCAUAAUAGCUGUGUAUUUAUAAAAAAAAAUGGAAGGAAUUUUAGGCAAUAUGCAAAAUGUUGAUUAAAAAUGGCCACAAAAAGGCAAAAUGUUAUCGUAUUGCAAGAAAACUAAAGGAUUUCUAAAAUGUUUGUGAAUACACAGAUAUGAGUACUGUUUGUUUGAGCCUUUGUUAAGGUAGACACCAUUUGAGAAUGAAAGUGAGGCUGUGAGAGAAAAGAUAAACUGUCUGUUCAAUGGGUUGUAAUGUUGAACACCUUUACAUCGAACAUUCAGCUGAGAAAACAUUGAAAAAAAAAAAAAAAUUUAACAGAUUUUUAUGACAUUUGUUGUUAAACUUAACCUUAAAGGGAUAGAUCAACCAAACAUUCGCUCAUCAUUUCCUCACCCUCAUGCAAUCCCAGAUGUGUAUGACUUUUUUCUUCUACUGAACAUAAAGUUUUUAGAAGCAUAUAUCAUCUCCCAAAAGCAGCAUGUGGGUGAGAAAUGGAUCAAUAUUUAAGUCCUUUUUUACUAUAACUUCUCCUCCCUGCCCAGUAGGUGGCGAUAUGCAGGAAGAAUGCAAAUUGGCAAAAACAAAAGAAGUGUAGAUUUAUAGUAAAAAAGGACUUAAAUGUUGAUCUGUUUCUCCCCCACAACUAUCUGAUUUAACCACUGGAGUAAUGUGGAUUACUUUUAUGCAGCCUUUAUGUGCUUUUUGGAUCUUCAAAGUUUUGGUGAACAUUCACAUGCAUUGUGAGGACCAACAGAGCUGAAAUAUUCUUCUAAAAAUCUACGUUUUGAUUCUCCAGAAGAAAGAAAGUCAUACACAUCUGGCAUGUCAUGAGGAUGAGUAAAUAAUGAGAGAAUUUAAUUUUUAGGUGAACUAUCCAUUUAAUCUAACAAACUGAUUUCGUUUCACUCUUAACCUUGAUUUCAUUCGAGUCAAAUUAAAUAUGUAAUCUACCUUGACUAAGGUCUAUGUUGUGGGACUUUUAAGACAUUUUUACCUCAUCUGACCCAUUGAGGACCAUUACAUGUGUAUAUUACUGCAACUUUAGCACAUUCGGUUUAAGUGGACGUUUACACACAACCACAUGAUGAUUUAGCCCCUCACCCAAAAGCACUCAGUAACAAGAGAGUUUAUUAAGCUAUAUGUAUGUUUGAUCUGUGUCCACAUUUGGCCAAAGGCGAGUCCCAGUAGUCCGCAACAGUCAUGCACUUUCGCCCAUUAAUUUAGAUGUGCCACCUGUGGAACUUUUUUCUUAUGUCUCAAUUGGUUCACUGCUUUAGAUUUGGUUUACACACAGUUUAUGUUCAGGUCUGUCUCUGUUCUGAAAUAAUGUGUGGUGUUAACUUAAACCAAACCUAUUUGUUUUCUUACAAACUUUAGUGUAAGAACCAGGAUGUUAUUGUUGCUAAAAUUAGUGGUGGCAGGUGAAAAAAAAAAUGAAUUGAAAGGUCUGUUUAUGUUCUACAUUCAACAUCCUGUUUAAAAGGAAGUACUGUUUAUUCAACUAUUUUGUUGACGUGCCUCUGGUCUCAUGAAGAACCGUAGGAAUUGAAGAUGUCUGAUUGAAUACCUGGCCCCGAGAUUGGUGUUUAGACUGGGAAUGUGAUUUGUUAUUAGAUUGUUUACUCCAUGCUAGACAAAUUGCCAUUUUUAUGUAUUCUCUCGUGACUAAGAUUGCACAAAUGUAAGCCCUCGCUGGAACGACAAAAAUCAACACUCUUCUGACUAUAUCUAGACCCUUUUUCUAUCUCUCUCCAAAGGCAUAUUACAUUUAAUAGGGAUUUCUCUUUUUAUUUUGGUUGCAAGAUGACAUACUUGAGUGUACAUUUUACUUUAGCAAUUCCGCUUUAUUGCCAAGGGUGAUGUGGUAUGUAAAUCAAAAAAUGUGAAAACACAGGGUUCAUGUUGGCCCAUUGCUGCUUUUUCAGUCAUUUGUAUUAUUUGUUAAUGUUUGUUAUUUUUUAUGUCUGUGUGUUGUUGUACAGCCUGUUACAUAACACUAACAUUACCUUCCUUGUUUGUAAGAAAAUACAAAUCCCAAAAAAAGAGACAGUUAUGCACAACAUAUGUAAUCGGUGUCAUUUAUUAAUACAUGUCUGGGUGAAUCCAUAACAUGUCCAGGUCACAUUUUGGGGUCACAUUUUUGAGAGAAAAAAUUUAUAUUUUACAUAAAGAAAAUGAAGCCUGUUAUUGCAGUGGAAUCAUCAAUCGGAAUGAUUUCAUUCUGAUUAAAACAAAAAGUGUCCAUGUAAACGCAGCUACUGUCAUCAGAGCUCAGUAAAAAUAUCCUAUGGCAAUAACUUCUUAAGGCCGAUAGUGUUUCUAUCUUCGGUUGUUUGUUGAUGGUUCUUCACUCAACAUGUACACAAGCAUAUGUUCACUCCACAUACAACGAUUACAUUUUAAAACACACAGACUCAACUAGGAAGAGAGGGAGUGACCCAUACAAAUCAAAAGACAUCAAAAUUUAAGUCAAACUGAGAACCACCAAUUUGCACUAGCAAUGCAGAUUUUUUUUAUAUAUAGUCUCUUUCCAGAGACUUUUACUUUGAAAGUUGAACAUUCUUCCAACAAGUUAGACAACUGUUCCAUUGUCUUUUGUUAAAAAAAAAUUAAAAAAAAUGAAAAACACAAAGUGUUUGGCAUAAUGCUAUGUUUCUAGGGCUUUUCCUUAAAAUAUGUUGUAUAUUAGUAUUUGAGUAAAUUAUGAUAUUCCAGAAAAUUCUUUGUUCUGAAACCUGUUGUUUAAGACAGUGGUUCUCAAACUUUUGUACUCCAAGGCCCCCCAUUGUUGGAGAAAAUAUUUGAAGGCCCCACAUAUAGGCUAUUAGAUAUUUAUAUUAUAUCCAUUAUAAGAUAUUUCUUUAAAACUUGUGAUUCUAGAACUGUGUAUUGUUCAUAAAAAGCAAGCUGUUCAAGGGAGUUAAUACAUUUCUAGCACUUUAAGUUGAAUUAUAAUAAUUAUAUAAAAAUUAUUAUAAUCUUUCAUAUUUUAAGAGAUCUUGAGGCCCCGCUGGAAAUGUGCUGAGGCCCACUAUUGGGUCCCGCCCCCUGGUUGAGAACCACUGGUUUAUGCCUUAAAUAAAUAUUCCCAGUUUCAGGUCUGUCUUACACUUAUACUGGUUUAAUAAAUAAUUUUCUGCAGUUUUGAGGAGUUAAAGGUGAAGCGAGAAAUACUUUACAUAUAAAAAGCAAAUGAAAUGACAAAACAAAAAAACAAAACCGAAAUCGUACAAACAGACAUUGAAACAAGUCAUGAGAGGUG